AGUUGGGAAACCGACUGAAGUCUGGAGCCAGAGCAAUGGCAGAGACAGACCCCAAAACUGUACAGGACCUGACCGCUGUGGUUCAUACACUUCUCCAGCAGAUGCAGGACAAAUUUCAGACCACGUCAGACCAUAUAAUUGGCCGAAUUGAUGAUAUGAGCAGUCGCAUUGAUCUGGAGAAAAACAUCACUGACCUUAUGACCCAAGCAGGGGUGGAAGAAAUAGAAGGGGAAAACAAAAUACCAACUACACGUAAUAGUUAG